GGCUGACAGCUGCUCUUUAGGACCAGUCCUGUAGUCCACACUUGUCCAGUUGCAGUUGUGUUUCACUAAGAACAUCUGUGCCUUCAUAAAGAGAGAUUAACAAAAUCAGGUUUAGGCAAAAUGAGCGGCAUUGUUCCCAAGAACCAAAUAAAAGGGGUUGAUUUCUGUGGAGGGCAAGAGCACAGUUAUAUAAUCCGCUCUGAUCUCGGCUGCUACAUGCAGUCAAGUAGUUUGAAUAAAGGUUCAGACAUCACUAUUUUCAGUCUGCACCCCUCCUGCCAAAAUGGAGACCAUUAUCUUGCUGAUUUGAGUGGCUACUUUUACAUCAUUAAGGGUAACUCCUUUCGCAAGGUCACAGACCUGUCAACAGACAGUGAUGCUGUAGUUUUGAGUCUUGAUGACAACUGCAGGGGUGGGGACUACUACUUCUCAGCCAAUGGCUGGUUUUACAUCAUCUUCCAAGAAAAAGGAACUUUCCGUCAGACAUCUGACCUUAAUAAAGAUACAGAUGGUGAAGAAAAGGCACUGCGUUCCAAUUGGCACAAUGGUCUCUAUUACUGGGGCCAGUCAAACAGCUUCUGCCUCCUCAGGCCAGUCUCAGAGUGGGGAGUUGAAUACAAUGAAGGCAACAGCUUAACGGAAAACAACAAUUUUGAUACCCAUUCUGUUCACCCCUCUGUUGUUAACUUCUUGCCUGGUGGGCUGUCGAUAACUAAAGGCCCAGCAUUUGGUAGGUGGGAGAAUAUCAAAAGUGCAAGUAAUGAUAGCAAAACAGCAGUGACCUGGCACAAGAAAGUUAUUAAAAAGGUUGGAUACAAUAAGGAGAAGAUAAGAGACAUCACACACAACUGGAAGAUCAGCACGUCAGUCACGUUUGAAUCUGGAGCCCUUGAAGGGUUAAUCGCGAAGCGGCAGUUCUCGUUUUCUGCAGAAUACGGUGGAUCACAGGUGAACACCGACAAAGAAAGCUGGAAUGAAGCCACCGAAGUGGAAGAACAACUUUCAUUUGUGCUUAAUCCAACUGAGCGUAUAUAUCUGUGGCAGUACAACCUGGGUCUCGGUGAAGAAUCAGUGUUGUUCUGUCGUGAUUUGAAGAUGGAUGAUGAGCCGGAUUCUCCAACUGAAGUCCCACUGCCACCUGCAAAACCAUGAGAACCACUGGGGGGUGCUACAAGAGCCUUUGCAUCGG